UCGGAACUCCCCAAACAGUGAUAGAUAGAUACUCCACAUUCUUUAUUGAUAUUCCAGAUCAAAAAUACAGCUCCAGCACUUUCUCCGCAAACCCCAAUUCCCAAUGGCGAAACUGCAGAAGUCGCAGCAGCAGCGUUCGGUCUUCGUCGAGCCGGUUUACUCCUCGGCGGUCGCGCUGCUCAUUGUGCUCCUUGCUUGUGUGGAGCUCGGCGACGCCGUCACCGUGGUUGACGUUUACCGACUCGUUCAGUACGAUCUCGGCGGCGUGCCCUUGGGAUCCCGCCUCGCCGCCCUCAACCACCACGCCGGUUCCUCUUUGUUUUCGUCCUCCGCCGGCGUCGUUGCCGAUCUCUCCCGCACUGUUCUUAUACUCCCUGUUCGUGAAUUGAAUCUCACGUUCAUUAGAGAAUAUAUUGGACAGAGCAAGCCAUUAGGUGGUUUAUUACUUCUACUGCCCCCUAUUUUUAGUCCAGAACACACAGAUAGUGGGGGUGGAGUUGAUGAUGAUUCUGCAAAAGUCCUACUGAAAGAAGUGUUAGUUGAAGUGGAACGACUGCUUAUACAUGCAAACAUCCCUUAUCCAGUUUACUUUGGUUUUGAAGAUGAGCAUAUUAAUGCUAUGCUAGCUGAUAUCAAGAAGAAUGAUGCUAGUGGUCAGCCAGCAACUGCCACAACUGGCGGAUACAAGCUUGUAGUUGCGGCACCACAGCCCAGGAAAAUUGUUUCUCCCACCAUUGUUAAUAUCCAGGGGUGGCUGCCAGGAUUAAAAGCUGAUGGGGAUUCAAAUCAACUUCCAACUAUAGCUAUUGUGGCAUCAUACGACACGUUCGGGGCUGCACCAGCACUAUCUGUGGGAAGCGACAGUAAUGGAAGUGGUGUCGUCGCACUUCUGGAAAUAGCUAGACUGUUUUCAAUCUUGUAUUCAAAUCCUAAGACAAGAGGAAGGUAUAAUUUACUCUUCUUACUGACAUCUGGAGGACCGUACAACUACAAUGGAACUCAAAAGUGGCUUCAUAGUGUCGAUCAGCGUCUACGUGAGACUAUUGAUUAUGCCAUUUGCUUGAAUAGCAUCGGCUCAUCUAGCAAUGAGUUAUGGCUUCAUGUGUCCAAGCCUCCGGACAAUGCCUACAUAAAGCAAAUGUUUGAGGAUUUCUCUAGUGUGUCGGAAGAAUUGGGGCUGAAGGUUGGUUUGAAGCACAAGAAGAUUAACAUCUCCAAUUCCCGAGUGGCAUGGGAGCACGAACAGUUUUCGAGGGUGAGAGUCACAGCUGCAACAUUAUCUGAGCUUUCUGUUGCACCAGAGUUUCUGGAAAGUACUGGAGGCUUGUCAGAUAACAGAAAUUUUGUUAAUGAAGCUUCGAUAAGUCGAAGUGUCAAAUUAGUUGCUGAAAGUCUUGCAAGACAAAUUUAUGGCCAGCAGGGGAAAAAUAUUGAAAUAUUUGCAGAUGAUAGUAGUUUAUCCGUAAAUCCUUCUUAUAUGCGUUCAUGGUUAGAAUUUUUAUCGACAACACCUCGAGUGGCUCCAUUUCUUGCAAAGAACGAUCCUCUUAUAAUGGCACUUAAAAAGGAAUUAGCAGACCACACAGUUGAAGUGAAUGUACAACAGGAACCACUUGAUGGGAUGUUUACCUUUUAUGAUUCAACAAGCGGAAAGCUACAUAUCUAUCAGGUUGCGAGUGUGACAUUCGACCUGCUUUUACUGCUGCUUCUAGGAUCUUACUUGAUCACGCUUUUCAGUUUUUUGGUCAUCAUAACUAGGGGUCUAGAUGAUCUGAUCAGUCUAUUUCGUCGUCCAACUUCCCGUAAAGUGAAAACACCAUAGUUUGAUCAUAACAGAGCUGGAUUUGUCCUUGCGGAAGAUUGUUUCUUCUAGCUAUAAACCGGCACAGAUUGUAGGUGAGAUUUGCAAUCCUACAUGGAUGGAUAUGCUAAUUUAAUGUCGUCCCAGCAAAAUUUUGAGCACUAUUUUACGGGGCAUUUGCUUGUUCCUCCCUUCUAUUUAUCCCUCGAUUGGUUUAGAAGAUAGUUUAGCUGCAAGCAAAUUUUUGCAUGACACUAGCUUGUAAUGUUAUUCUCUGUUCUUAAUCAGGCGAAAUAGAACUUUCGUGCCAGUUUUUGACUGAAAGCAAAAUCUAUAUAAAACAGCACCAAAUGCAUGCUAUAUAAGGGUUCUUGAUUG